AUGAUACCGGGUUCUCUCAAUAUACCAGUUCGUAGAAAAGAAGAGAAAGGUAGACGAAAGCAAGGCAAAUCACAAUGUCGCAGAGGAACUCAAAAACCGAAAGCAGUCUCAAAUCCUGUCCUAACUACAUCGAAAUCCCCAUCUCCUGCGAACACACCUUCUCAACCAGCGCCUCCGGCAGUGGUGAUCGCUUCGAUUCCAGUCAUAACUAAUCCGUUACUUCAAAAUCUUCACAAAGAUCCGACACAAAGUUCUCCGAAUUUGUCGAAAGAGGGGAAGCAUACGACAAGGAAAAAGAAAAAUGAGAAAGUCGAGAAGGAUCCGCCAAAAACGACGAUUCGAAAAAAGAAAAAAGAUCUUCAAUCGAUAUCCAUUGAUCUUAAGACAUCCAGUGAAAACGACGGUCCCGGUGGCUCAGCUAAUGACCCAAGAAAGAAAAAAUCGCACACAUCAUCGGAUUCGAAAAAGAAAAGAUCGUCACACGAAACCAAAUCGGAUGGAUCAAAAGAGCCGUCAGACAAUGAGGAGAAGACUGCAAAGAAGUUCAACCCGGAGAUGGCGAACAACUUUUUCAAAUUUUUGAAGGAGUCCCAUAGAGCACGUCGGCGGACCGAAGAUGCGCAUCUCGAGAGAAUGCCCGAAUCGAGCCAACUCAACUACUCGGUGCGAAGUAUCAGAAGUAAACUGAAAAAAGGCGUACCGAAGACGUCGAGCACCGAAAUCACAAACUUCUUCAAACCAAACGGUGAACCAAUUUGGGUUGUCGACUCGCAACCCACCACUGAAAUUAUGAGAGAUGCGAAUGGUGUGGCGAUAACGAAUAAAGAAUUGGUGGAAGCGCUGGCGGAAGACAAUUUGGAACUCGAUGAGAAGAGUUGGUUUGACCUCAUCGAUAUUUUCAUCGAGUGUAAAAUGACGAGAGGAACUCAGUUGCCGGAGGACCAUCAAUUCGACUCGCUCGCUCCAGCAGACACACUGGCAGACAUCAAUGAAUACCAGAGUCCGGAAGCGAUUUCAUACAAUACUAUGAAGAAUUUGGUGGAAUUGAGUGAAGAUGCCAUCCAACGGUACGAGAAGAGAAGACAGGGUAAUGACAACAACCGCCCGGCACGCACUAUUGACGUGACUACUGUAGAAGAGGGUCCGGUGGCUCCAGUGAAAGUGGAGAACUUUCAGUUGAACACUUGUAUUGUGUCGAAUAUCACGUUUGACUUGAAAAAGAAUAUGAAUGUCAAAUAUGAUCGUCACAAUGCGAUUGCUUCCAUUCGAAAACUUCAUAGAAAGAUGAGCAUGUCAAUGGAGAAAACUGCUAAAGGGGGAUCGAAUGAGAAGAAUUGA